AGGAAUGAGUGGAACAAAAUUGGAGCGUGAUUCAAAUUUCAGUCUUCCAGAAUUUGCUCGACUUUCUUUCUCUUUACAAAUUUGGUGGAGAAUUGCUUGAUUCUGAAGCUUCAAUUUCGAAGAACUGAAUGGGGGAAGCCGCUGAAUAUUUCUCAAAAGACUUCGAAUGGAACGAUCUUCGAAUUCGAGUUGAGAAUGACCCGCUUUUGCAGUACCAUUUGCUUCCAUUUGAGCCCUCCAAUUCCGUUCCUUCAGUUUCUCCAGAAGCCGAUUCAGACGCAUGGAGCCGCUUUCACCUUCGCCACUCCUCUGGCAAAUUCUUCAAGGAAAGGCGGUAUUUGUUGAAGGAAUUCCCGGAACUAGUUUCCUGUAAGAAGUAUUGUAAAGUUUUGGAGGUGGGUUGUGGUAAUGGAAGCACUGUUAUUCCAAUCUUGCGCGGGAACGAGAAUAUCGUCAUCUAUGCUUGUGAUUGUAGCACAGAAACUCUUGAGAGAGCUAAAGAGAUUUUAAAUGAGGCCGGCAUUGCAUCAUUAAAAGAUCGAUUCUGUCCGUUCUAUUGUGAUUUUUCUAUUAGUAAGUUUCCAACAUGGUUGGCCUGCAAUUCAUGCCGUGCAAACACUUUCCAAAUGCAGCCAAGUUUUACUACUCCAGAGAAUGAUGGAUCUCAUGCCACAGGAUCAUGUGCAUUAGAAGAAAGUGGAUGUUGCAUUGGUGGGGUUGAUUUUCUUACUUUGAUAUUUACAUUAUCAGCAGUGCCUCUCCAAAGGAUGCCAGCAUCGAUCAGAGAAUGCUUUACGGUUUUGAAGCCUGGAGGCCUGCUCUUAUUUCGGGAUUAUGGUCUGUAUGAUAUGACUAUGCUCCGAUUUGGGCAAGAUCAAAGAGUAGGAUUCAGGGAAUACGUCAGAUUAGAUGGAACACGUUCUUAUUUCUUCUGCUUAAACACCUUGAGAGAUCUGUUUGUCAAUGCAGGCUUUGUCGAGCUCGAGCUGGAAUAUUGUUGUGUGAGGUCCUUGAAUCGCCGAAAUGGAAAGAGCAUGGAGAGGGUGUGGGUUCAUGGAAAAUUUCAGAAGCCUGUCUCAUGAAUCAAGCUAGAGCCACAGAGCAACAUUUGGAGUUUCUUGGUAAGUGAUUGUGAAUUUUCCUUAAAAAGAUAAUGAUGAUGGAUUGAAUAGCCCUUUGAUGGCUCUAAUGGCAACCCCGUGACACAAUGGCUUUUGGGAUAUUUAGACCUACCUACCAACCUCACAAGAUGUUGGGUUGAAGUCUAGAAGCCAGCCUCGAGAUGAGCGAGUCUUCUAUGAAAUUAGUGAGAUGGCUCAUGAGCAUAAUGUGGGAUCAGAGCCCCUAAAAAACUUUGAUUUAUAAAAAAAAUAAACAAAAAAUUUUGAUUCACCAUGAAUCUGGAUGAAGUAUGAGGAUAUUUUUUUUACUUUAAUUAGAGGAGUUUAGUGAUGUUCCCUUGAUUAUGUGAGAAAAUUGGAAGGGUUACAAUUGGUACUGAAA